AUGGCGCUCGGUCUGCGCUCACGCAAAAGCUCCCAAAAAGUGCUCCCCGCCAAACCACCAAAAGGCCAUUUCUUCUUCGCCGGCCGCGCUUUCCCGCGCGUAGCAUGGUGGCAGAAACCAAAUCUGCGUAAACUAUACGGAUACAUUGUCAUCCUCAUCUUGACGAACACUGCCAACGGGUUCGAUGGCUCAAUGAUGAACGGUCUGCAGUCGCUUAGCUACUGGCAAGAUUACUUCGGCGAGCCUCGUGGUGCAUUGCUGGGUUUCUUCAAUAGUUCCAUGUCUCUUGGGUCGCUGAUUGGGCUGAUCUUCGUUCCGUACUUAAUUGAUUGGAGGGGUAGGAAGAUUGGUGUGGCGAUUGGGUGUGCGAUUAUGUUGUUGGCUGUUGCUCUUCAGACAGGAGGUAUGUCUCUGUUAUGGCCCAGGCCGACAGCGCAAAAUAUCGGCAUGUUCAUCGCAGCCAGACUCAUUCUUGGGUUCGGUGACACGAUUGUCCUUAGUUCUGCUCCCUUGUUGAUCGCCGAGAUUGCUCAUCCUCAGGAUCGUGCUGUCCUCGUCACACUGUCUGGUGCCAGCUAUCACUCUGGUGCUUUCAUAGCGUCCUUGCUGCAAGCCAUCUGCUCCAUCGUCAUCUUUGUCUUCAUCUUCUUCAUGCCAGAAUCUCCGCGUUGGUGCGUAUAUUCUGGGCUCUGCAACAAGGACCGCCACGAAGAAGCCCUUCACAUAUUCGCUCGCUGGCAUGGUGAGGGAGACGAGAACGACGAGUUCGUCCAGCUCGAAUAUGCCGAAGUCAAAGCGGCCAUCGCGCUCGACAAACAAAGUGGCAAAACCGGAUGGUCUGACUUUUUCAAGACUCCUGGUAACCGAAAGAGGAUUGGCAUCAUUACUGCUAUUGGCUUCUUCUCGCAGUGGUCGGGUAACGGUUUGAUUUCCUACUAUUUGAAAUAUGUGAUGGAUAAUGUAGGCAUGACUGAUCCCCAGACACAACUCGGCGUCAAUGGUGGUAUGAAGACCUUGGCGCUUUGCGAAAACUUCUUCUUUGCUUUCUUCAUUGACAAGCUCGGUCGUCGGCCGAUCUACCUCAUCUCGACCAUCGGCACCUUCGUUGUCUUCAACAUCUUCACCAUCAUCGCGGCUCGAUAUGAUAUAGCCCCGGCAAACGGCCUCGGACGAGGCUUCAUCGUCUCCAUCUUUUUCUAUGGUAUCUUCUAUGACAUCAAGUCCGGUGUCAUGGCCGCCUACACCACCGAGAUCCUGCCGUAUGGCCUGCGUGCCAAAGGAUUCGUAUGGCUCAACUUCUGCGUCACCGCUGCAUUAUUCUUCAACCAAUUUGUCAACGGUAUCGCGAUCGAUGCUUUGGCUUGGAAGUACUAUAUUUUUUACUGCGUCUUCCUGGCCUUUGAGGUUGGCAUUGUCUACUUCUACAUCGUCGAAACCAGAUACACUCCUAUGGAGGAAAUUGCCAAGUUUUUCGAUGGCGAGGAUGCAGUCGAUGUUGGCGAGGCGGCGCUGGCCGAUGUGAAGGAGCGCGGCAUCGAGACUGGAGCAGUCGGAGAGAAGGACAUAUCAACAACUCGUAUCGAAGUGGUAAACAGGGCGUAG